AUGGCUAAGGAGAUGGGGUGGUAUGAUCAUUCCGUGUUUUACCGCUUUCGUGCUCGAGUUUCUGUCUUCCUCUUCGGCUGUUCAAUUGUUCUCCUCCCAAUCCUAUGUCUCAUAUACUAUACAAGGCUGUUUGUCUACCCACUCUUCCUAAUGACGUUUGGUCAUCCUAUUGCUGAUGCGUACAGCUGUUACUGCUUUCUAGUCUUUCUGCUUUACACCAUUCAUUGGAUCUGGGAUGUCGAAACACCGUAUCGAGGAGGACGCCGUGUAAUGUGGAUAACGAGACUCGCCUUGUGGAAGUGGGUGACGCAGUACUUUCCAGCUCGUUUAGUGGUAUCGAAGGAACUGGAGAGGUGGGCGAGGGAGCAGGGUCAAGAAGUGGGUGAAGAGGGUGCAGCCAUACAACUGCCUACCUCCGUUAACUACCUCUUGGGAUACCAUCCGCAUGGACCGGUGGCAAUGGGCAUGCUCAUGGCGUAUGGCAACGACUUGUUGAAUUUCUCUAAAGUAUUUCCGGACAUUAAAACACACAUAGCCACAUUGAACGUGCAUUACAAAGUUCCGUUCUACCGGGAAUAUGCUAUGCUCGGAGGCGGUGUCUCCGUCAGUCAAGAGAGCCUAAUCUACCUGUUGGAUAAAGAGGUGACGGGAAGAACGGGCAAUUUAGUAGCAGUCUCCGUAGGUGGAGCAAUAGAAGCUCUGGAAUCCCGACCAGGUCACUACGUCCUCAUGCUCAGUCGACGUCGUGGCUUCUUUCGCAUAGCCCUGAGAACGGGCGCCUACCUCAUUCCCUCCAUAGGCUUUGGGGAGACGAGUAUGUACGACCAGGUUGCUAAUCCCACGGGUUCUGCUCUGCGGAAGCUUCAAGACUGGUUCACGCACACCUUCACGCUGGCUCCUCCUCUCUUCUACUCUACUCGAGUCAUUCCAUACCGGAAACCGCUCACUGUAGUCGUCGGACGACCCAUAAUAUGCAGGCGAGUUCCUCAUCCAACAGACGAAGAGAUCGACAACCUCAGAGAGCAGUACAAGCAACAGCUGAGGGAGAUAUUCAACAGGUACAGACCGCUCUACGAUCCCACUGCAGAGGACAUUCGCUUUUACUGA